ACCGAGCCGCCCUAUCGCCCCUGCAAGCCAUUCUCCAUGCAGCCAGAGUGACCUUCUUAAGAAAUUGAGCAUCAUGAAAGAUGAGCCAGAAGAGGCUGAGCUAAUUUUGCACGAGGCACUUCGUCUUGCCAUUCAGAGUGAUAACAAGAAGGCCAUCGUUUACACUUACGAUUUGAUGGCCAACUUAGCAUUUAUACGGGGUCAGCUUGAAAAUGCAGAAAAACUUUUUAAAGCAACAAUGAGUUACCUGCUUGGAGGGGGCAUGCAACAGGAAGACAAUGCAAUAAUUGAAAUCUCUCUAAAGUUGGCCAGUAUCUAUGCUGCUCAGAAUCGACAGGAAUUUGCUCUUGCUGGCUAUGAAUUCUGCAUUUCAACUCUAGAGGAAAAAAUUGAAAGAGAAAAGGAAUUAGCAGAAGACAUUUUGUCAGUGGAAGAGAAAGCCAACACCCGCCUCCUCCUCGGCAUGUGCUUAGAUGCUUAUGCUCGCUACCUUCUGUCCUCCAAGCAGCCAUCGCAGGCACAGAGGAUGUAUGAAAAAGCUUUGCAUAUUUCUGAAGAAAUACUAGGAGAAAGACACCCACAGACCAUUGUGCUAAUGAGUGACCUGGCUACCACCCUGGAUGCACAAGGCCACUUUGAUGAGGCCUGUGCGUACGUGCAGAGGGCGUCAGAUCUGGCAAGACAAGUAGGACAUCCUGAGCUGCACAUGGUGCUGAGUAACCUGGCUGCAGUUCUGAUGCACAGAGAUUGGCAAAAAAUACUUCAGAACACUGAGAUCUCAGCCUGCAGGCAGUGUUACACCUGGUUUACAGCCAACUUCAAGUCACCGGUCACUCAGUGCUGUGCUGGCCACCUCCAGUCAUGCUGAGGCGGACUUCUAGCCUCCAGAUUUGCUCCUUAGGUAAGGCGUGUGAGAAUUCGGAAAUCUCUUCUCUGGGUGAAGGCAGAUGAAGGAAACACAUGCACUGUGACAAGGAUGGGGUGAGGGAUAGUAGCUGCUCACUGGGGGGGUUAGGUGGGGCUGCAAAAUGACAAGUUAGGCUCUGAUGUAUUCUCAGAAACUAUUCUGACUUGGAAUAGCUUAAGACCUUCAAGGUCAUAGGGAAAUACCAUCAUAAUCUCGUUUGGGUCAGUUGACAAUGUAAAUUAUUAAUGACAGUACCUAAAAAACCAAAAAAACAGAACACUGUUAAGUAGAACAUUCAGUUAUUUUCUCAUUCACAUUAAAUUGUGUAGGAUAUAUUUAUAAUAAAGUGAAACCAACUUUCCACAUAGUAGAAAUCUGAUCACUAAACCUGACCUAAGGUUUAUUUUGAGGACCUCAGGUAUACAAGAGUGGAAAAGCAACAGGAGUGAAGGCUUUCACUUCAGACAAACAGGAGUUCAUGGCCUGUCUUUGUUGCCUAUUUAUACAGGCAAGGUAGGAACAUGUGUCCUUAUCUAUAAAUAGGGUUGGACAGCAGUGCUAAGGGUGAUGUGAAGGUCUUGAUCACACAUGAAACGCUUCAUUACAAAGAAGGUCGUCAGUGGUUAUCAGAUCUGCUUUCCUUAGAGGCUUCAGUACUUUUGUAAAAAGUUGAGGUCUACUUAAAAGUCUGUGAAGUACAGAUUUCUACCAUCCUGAGACUACUCCCCUUUGUAAUAGUGGCAUCUCCCCAAGCUGCUCAGCAUCUAAAUGCGGCAGAAGGAUGAUGCAAUAACUAUGCCUAAGUUGUAUGAAAAAAUCUUAAAAAUUCAAAAAGCAAUUAUUAAUGAAGGAAAAACUGACCCUUCAGUACCAUAAUCAGUUUAAAAUUCAGUCUUACGUUAUUUGCUCCUUGAGAUUCAGUGACAUGGGAACAUUCAACGACAAACCCUUGCCCAUAGGGAAUCAAGUGGGAGGAAGCACUAGCGCAGAGAGAAGGGAAGGACCGUGUGUUCACCGCUAAGGUCAGAACAUGCAGCACAAAGCAAUCUAGAAGCCCAAGGUGCUACACAAAUCCUAUCUUCUAACUCAGCCGGUAAUAUACAUCGAACUCAGUACAAUUAUAAGUGUUUCCUUUGAGUCCUGAGAGAGCAAGAGCCUUAAAUCACAACCUACUGUGCCUAUGGACAGGGCAGUCAAAUUUAUUUCAGAAGGAAAGCUCUGGUGCUGCAUCCAAUGCAGCAGAAAAGAACACUCAGGGCAGUUAGAUCCCCGGUGCGCACAACAGCGAGGCGCGCCGCAAAUAAGCCUUUGAAAUGUUAAAAACAACUAGAACAUACCCAUGCAGUAAUAUUGCUUCAGUGCUCCUAAUUAAAAAAAUUUCUAAGCCUGCCUGGAAAUUUACAGUAUGGCAGAAUUUUUUCUUCUAUCAUGACCUUAACACAUUAAUAUACAGAUUUCACAACAGGGUCUGUGUUAAAAAUCUAAACAUUUCCACAAGAUUUUAAAUAUCACCUGGGAACCUGAAUUUAGAGGAAACAGUAGGAUAAAAGUACAAUGCCCGUGACAGCCAACAUUACACGCUGGGCUGUAUGAGGUUGUUUAGAAGGCCAGGGUUAAAAAGAGAGACGAGAAGGUUUUAAAAAGUCACCCCCGAAGUUGAUGCUCUGAUUUCAACACAAGUCCACCAGGUACUACAGUAAAGGGCAACACUGCAAAAAGAUCAUCUAUUUACAGAAGAGUGAUUUAAAGACAUUAUGGUUUUCUUUACAGAUGUAAGAAUAAGAAUUGUCCACUUUUAAAAAAUUCUAUAUUCCAACCUUCCACUAUUAUUAUAAUCCACUGAACUGCUUGUAUCAAAGGCAGUUCUCCCCCAUUUGACUCUGCAGUUCCAUCAUUUCUUCCUCAUCCGUGGUCCAGGCUCUCCUGAAAAGUCUCUGGGCACAAGUCAUGGGAAGGCAGGUUUUUACCUGCAGUUAAAAA